AUGGACGCAAGUGCUACUACGGCGAGCUUAGAACAGCGAGUGGAACAGUUCGACGAGCUAUGGGCAGGACUGUUCGCCGGCUAUCCGGUUGCCAAGGCCAUGGAGGAGUAUCGUCGGCGUGGGAGACAGGCAGUACUGGAUCGCCUGGCCGUCCUGCUUAUCGCUCCGCCUCAGCGUCCGGUCUGCCAAUCACCGAGCUCAUCGGCACGAGAGCGAAGUCGAAGCAGCAACUUGGAGGGAAAAGACGAGACGCUGCGUCUGUCGUGCGAUGGGUCGAUGGAGCACACGUUCACUGUCGAUAUGGACGACAACCCCAUCUUGGAAUGGAACGAGGACUUGGCCGCCGAGCCAAACGGCGACGGCGAGGCAGGGAUGGGCAACUCAAUACACGGACGGGGGACAACGUUCUUUGGCUUAAGCUCUGGGGCGGUGUUCCUCAGAGUUAUACGUAAGCUAUGUCCCGCGACAAUAUCCGGCUUCUCGCCAGCGGUCGCCGCGAUUGGGGUUGUCUCGGGGCGCUUCGAUGAGGGGUCCCUGCCGUCUCGCACCGAGGGACGAGGUCUCCCUCUUCCGCCAUACUCGGAAAUCAAAGGCGCGGUGGAUGGGUACUUUAGCGGCUUCCAUCAGCUGACGCCCGUUGUCCACGAGCCAACCGUUCGUGCUCAGCUCACGGGAGCCAUUCCUGUGAAGCGCGCGCAUACCCUACUGCUCAACAUGGUAUUCGCCAUGGGUACACUAGACAGCGGUACCAAGGAUGGCAGCUCGGACGACGGCCGCAAGUACUAUCUCAUCGCGUCGGAUCUCCUACGCGAAGACAUGUUGCGGGGUGGAAGCCUGGCCAUGGUCCAAGGCCUUUGUAUCAUGGGUAAUUACCUGCAGCGGAGCGGGCGUCCAAACGCAGGCUACAUUGCCCUCGGUUGGGCUCUCCGCAUGGGUAUGGCGCUUGGGCUGCAUACACCCCCUGCGCACGGCUCAACAAGUCCUCUUGAGCGCGAGACGCGCUUGCGAGUGUGGUGGUGCCUUGCCACGACCGAGGCCGGCAGCUCCGUGACGUUUGGGCGGCCACCUAUGGCCGGCGCGUUCCAGCUCGAUGCGACACCUCUCGUGGUCAAUUGCACUGACGAAGACCUCACGGUCAUGACCGAGAAGAUGCCGCCGUCCUCCGACGAAGUCACCGUUUAUACUGCACUCGGGUACCAGUCGCGCCUAGCGCGCGCUUCAUGUGCCAUCCUGGAUCGGAUCCUCCACAGUAACCCGGCGCCCAGCAUUCGCCAGCUGCGUAGAUUCGACAAGCGAAUCCUCGACACAGUCGCUUCCAUGCCAGAUUACAUGAGGGACAGGGCUCCACCUGGACCCCACCAGCUCGCUUUGCAUGUUCAGCGCUGGCGGACACGCCAGCUCCGCUCGAUUUUGUAUACCCCACUCCUUCUGGGAGUGGCGUGGCGUAGCCAUUCACAACUCUCCCUUACACCCGACGUUCUUGAGGCAAUAGAGACGUGUCAAAUGCUUGCCCUCGAGAAUCUACAGGACAUUCAAGAUUUCGUGGACGCUACCACAGACCGUCCACGUGGAGCCGAGUGGUACACGAUCUUCUUCGCAUUCCAAGCCUGCCUCACGCUGCUGCUAAGCCUCGUCGCCGAGCCGCAUCAUCCGAGCGCAGGGGUUUGGCGCACAAUCCUCUCAUCUACGGCUCGAUGGUUCCGGCAAUCUCAGUCCAUGGCCACUCUCGGGAACCGCUAUGCGAGCAUCUUGGAGGGCGUACUGACAAGCGUACGGACACCAAACUCCGCAGAAGCACUGGGUCUGGCAGGAAUAGAGAGCCUGUUGGCCACGGGUGGUGCGCCGACGGACACGAUGUUUGACAUGGACAGGUUCUGGCAGGAGAUUUGGGGCGGUCCCGAAGGCAACUCUGUUGCUCCUCUCACUUUACAGCAUGAGAGCUCGGGAUUUCUCGAACUGUAG